GUGCUCGGCACAAUCACGACUUCUCCUGGCCAGUUCGAUAAGCGUCGUGCAAGCGAAGCGGCACAACUGAUACAGACAGGUAUUCCCCAGAAACGCAUCACCUGGCCCCCCGACAAAAACGACAGCCCAAAGACCGCGGAGAUUCACCAGGCGAGGCGAUAA